AUGUUCAGAAAAUUUUCCAAAGAAGACGUACAUUCCAGGUCCAAUGUCAAAUCCUCAGUUCAACGUACGCUGAAGUCAAAGCUGGUAAGGCAAUUCCCCAAGCUCGAGCCUGUUAUCGAUGAAUUGGUGCCCAAAAAGAGCCAAGUCGAACUAAUCAAGUGUGAGGAUAAAAUUCAAUUAUACUGCGUCGACGGGCAGGUGCUUUUCUUCCAGAAGUUCGACGAGCUGAUUCCUUCUCUGAAACUUGUGCAUAAAUUUCCAGAGGCCUUUCCCACCAUUCAGGUUGAUCGCGGUGCUAUCAAGUUUGUUUUGUCAGGGGCCAAUAUUAUGUGCCCAGGGCUAACUUCGCCUGGUGCUGCGUUGCCAGAAGCACCAGGGUUUGAGAACGAUGCUUUGGUUAUUGUGAAAGCAGAAAAGAAGGACAGUCCUUUAGCUGUGGGACGGCUAUUAAUGAGCACCGAAGACAUCAAAUCCGUUAACAAGGGACAUGGGGUGGAGCUUCUGCAUCAUUUAGGCGACAACUUGUGGAGUUUCGCACUCGAAUAA